AUGGUCGCCGAGACAAAGCUAUACGACUCGCUAGGCAUCGCGCCUACCGCGACCCCCGACGAGAUCAAAAAGGCCUACCGCAAAGCCGCUCUGAAAUACCAUCCCGACAAGAACAAGGACAACCCGCAAGCCUCGGAAAAAUUCAAAGAAGUCUCGCAAGCCUACGAAAUCCUCUCCGAUGUCGACAAACGCAAAACCUAUGACCAAUUCGGUCUCGAAUUCCUGCUAAGAGGUGGUGCCCCUCCGCCGGAUGAUGCAGGCGGUGCUGGCGGCUUUGGAGGCAUGCCUGGUGGAUUUGGAGGUUUCCCUGGCGGUGCAGCGGGAGGUCCCGGAGGUACCAAGUUCCACUUUUCGACGAGUGGUGGUGGUAUGCCUGGUGGUUUCUCCUUCAGCAACCCCGAGAGCAUCUUCUCCGAGUUCCUCAGAGGUGGUGGCGGUGCUGGUAUGGGCGGUGGAAUGGGAGGAGACGAAGACGACUUCUUCUCUUCCUUCGGUGCCAUGCCCGGCGGAUUUGGUGGACGCCCCGGAGCAGGUGCUCGUGCCCGUCCUAGCAUGAAUGGCGGCAUGCCCAGCAGACGCCAACAGACUCCCGAAGUCACCGUUGUCGAGAAGCCAUUGCCAGUCGCCCUCGAAGAUUUGUUCACCGGCUGCACAAAGAAACUGAAGAUCAAGAGAAAGACAUUCGACAACCAGACCAACAAACAGUCGGUGGAAGAUCGCAUUCUUGAGGUUCCGAUUAAGAAGGGUCUCAAGCCUGGCAGCAAGAUCAAGUUUGCUGGAGUGGGAGAUCAGGUCGAGGGAGGUGUCCAAGACAUGCACUUCAUCAUCGAAGAGAAAGAACACCCACUAUACAAACGCGAAGGCGACGACAUCAUCCACAACGUCGAAAUCACACUGAAAGAGGCCCUGACCGGCUGGUCAAGAACCGUAAAGACCAUCGACGGUAAACAAAUUGGUGUCAGCUCUGGCGGCCCUACACCACCAACCUUCAGAGACCGCUACCCCAACCUAGGCAUGCCCAAGAGCAAGAAGCCAGAUGAACGAGGCGAUUUCAUCGUCGGUGUCAAGAUCCAAUUCCCUGCAAGUUUGACACCUGCACAGAAGAACCAGCUCAAGGAGAUUCUGUGA